GUGAACUGUGGCACCAUGAUGGCGCAGAUCGAGCUGAUCGGCGGUAAGCUGGCCUACGAAGUCGGCUUGCAGCCGGACCGGAAGGGUGGUGUUGGGACGGAUCCAGUGAACACUUUGGACGACUUCUUCUUCUACACCGAGCUGGGCUUCGGCCUGGCCUUUACCUUCGAGAUUUGCUUGAA